AUGACCAGAAGGAAGAUAUACUGGGUCCCCAGGUCUUCCGGUGACCUUGUGAAUCUCGGCUUGGAUGUAGAUGAUGACACAGUUUCAGGACUUAGCUAUAAAACUUUCACUCUUGAAGACAGCCCCUGGAGCCAGCAGGUGAGGGAACCUGAGGCACCAGAGAUGGGGAAGUACGAUGCUGCCCGGAGAACCAUGAUUCCCUUCCGUCCGAAGCCAAAGUUUCCUGCGCCCCAGCCCCCGGAUGAUGCUGGCUUGUUCUCUUACCUAACGCUGUCAUGGUUCAGCCCAGUCACGAUCCAAGAUUUACGGAAACGCUUAGAUGAGAACACCAUCCCCCAGCUGUCAGUACAUGAUGCCUCAGCCAAAAAUGCCAAAAGACUUCGUCUCCUUUGGGAAGAAGUCUCAAGGCAUGGAACUGACAAAGCUUCAGUGCUUCGAGUGAUGCUGAGAUUCCAAAGAACAAGGGUUAUUUUCAAUACGCUUUUGGGCAGCUGCUUCUCUGCCGCGAGUGUUCUGGGGCCAAUGCUGGUUAUACCAAAGAUCCUGGAAUAUACUGAAGAAUGGUUGGGGAACAUUGCCUAUGGAGUAGGGCUUUGCUUUGCCCUUUUUCUCUCCGAGUGUCUGAAGUCUCUGAGCAUGUGCUCAUGCUGGGUCGUCAACCAGCACACUGGCAUCAGGUUUCGUACAGCUGUCUUCUCCUUUGCCCUUGAGAAGCUGAUACAAUUGAAGUCUUUAACACACAUCACCAUGGGAGAGGCCAUCAGCUUCUUCACCAGCAACAUAAACUGCCUGUUUGAAGGGGUGUGCUAUGGGCCCCUGGCCUUGCUCACCUGCUUACUGCUGAUAGCCUGCAGCAUUACCUCCUGCCUCACUCUUGGACCCACAGCGCUCAUUGCCGUGCUUUGCUAUCUCCUGAUUUUACCACUGGAGAUAUUCCUGGCCAGAAAGGUUGUGAAGAUACAGAAUCAUGCAUCUGAGGUCAGUGACCAGUACAUCCGCAUGACCAGUGAAGUUCUCACAUGCAUUAAGUUGAUUAAAAUGUACACCUGGGAGAAACCAUUUUCAAAAAUCAUUAAAGAUCUCAGAAGAAAGGAAGUGGAGCUCUUGGAGAAGUGUGGGUUUAUCCGGAGCCUGACCACUGCUACCUUGUUCACAGCCUCCCCCAUGGCCUUAGUAGUGACGUUCCUCAUCCACACAGGCUUACGGCUGAAACUCACAGCUUCAGUAGCCUUCACCACCGUGGCCAACCUGAAUCCCAUGCGGCUGUCAGUGGUCUUAGUACCCUUCACAGUCAAAGGCCUCGCAAUGUCCAGGUCUGCCUCGGAGAGGUUCAACAAAUUUUUCCUCCAGGAGAGCCCUGUCAUAUACGUCAAGGCAUUGAAAGACCCCAGCAAAACAGUGGUUUGGGGGGAGGUCACCUUGUCGUGGAGAAAGACCUGCCCCAGGAUCGUCAAUGGAGCCUUGGAGCUGGAGAAGAAUGGACACACUCCUGAGGGGAUGACCAGGGCUCAGCCUCCUCUGGGUGCCCUCAGGCCAGAGGACAAAGGGGACACCCGGGCCCCAGAGUUGCACAAGGUAAACCUGGUGGUGUCAAAGGGGACCAUGCUAGGGGUCUGUGGCAGCACAGGGAAUGGCAAGAGCAGCCUGCUGUCAGACAUCCUGGGGGAGACGCACUUGCUGGAGGGCUCGGUGAGGGUGCACGGAGGCCUGGCCUAUGUCCCCCCGCAGGCCUGGAUCAGGGGAAGCAUUCGGGGAAACAUUCUCACGGGAAGCCAGUACGACAAGGCCCGGUACCUCCAGGGGCUCCGCUCCUGCUCCCUGAACCACGAUCUGGAAAUUCUGCCCUUCGGAGACACGACGGAGAUCGGGGAGCGGGGCCUCAACCUCGGGGGCCAGAAACAGAGGAUCAACCUGGCCCGAGCUGUCUACUCAGACCGCGAGCUUUACCUGCUGGACGACCCCCUGUCGGCCGUGGACACCCACGUGGGGAAGCACACCUUUGAGGAGUGCAUUAACAAGGCGCUCAGGGGGAAGACCGUCAUCCUGGUGGCCCACCAGCUGCAGUAUUUAGAGUUUUGAGACCAGAUCAUUUUGUUAGAAGACGGGAAAAUCUGUGAAAAAGGAAUUCACAGUGAGUUAAUACAGAAGAAGGGGCGAUAUGCCCAGCUCAUCCAGAAGAUGCACGGGGAAGCCAUACAGGGCAUGUUGCAGGGCAUAGCAAAGGCAGCAGAAGAACUACAGGUGAAAGGUCAGGCCCAGACCACUUGUCCAGAAGAGCUUCUCAACGAAAAUGCUGGUAAAAGUGCUGGGGAACAGAGUGAGAACCUCUGCCUGCCUGCAUCUUCCAGAGGCCCUGGCAUUUCCUCCUGGAUGAGAGACCAGGCCAUGUCACUCAUUGAACGGGGUCCCAGACAUUGCACAUACAGGCUACAGAUCCAAGAAAAGAAAACAAGGAAGCUCACAGUCGACCCCUCUGAAGUUUGCUGCUCCCCACCUGAGACGGCAAGUGAACUAUACUUGGUCAGCAGGAUCCAGGUGUUUGCCAUGAGGGCUGCUGUGUCCCGCUGCCCCAUGUGUUUCUUUGACGCCACCCCAACAGGCCGACUCCUGAACUUCUUUGCAGGGGACUUGCGUGAGCUGGACCAAUUCUUGCCCACUGUGGCUGAACAGUCCCUGCUCCUGAUUCUGGUGGUGACCACCAUCCUGAUGAUUGUCAGUGCGGCGUCUCCCUCUGUCCUGCUGACGGGAGUCGUAAUACUCAUUGUUUGCCUCGUUUAUUUUAGAAUGUUCAAGAGGGCCAUCAAUGCGUUCAAGAGCCUGGAGAACUACAGUUCCCCUUUACUUUCCCACAUCCUCACCACUCUGUACGGCCUGAGCUCCAUCCAUGUCUAUGGAGAAACUGAAGAUUCCAUCAGCAAGUUUAAAAGGCUGACGGUUGCGCAGAAUAACUACCUGCUGAGGUUUCUGUCUUCCACGCGAUGGGUGGCACUGAAGCUGGAGCUCAUGACCAACAUGGUGACCUUGAUGGUGGCCUUGUUCACGUUUUUUGGAGUUUCCUCUGCCCCUUAUUCCUACAAAGCCAUGGCUAUCAGCCUUGUCCUGCAGCUGGCGUCCAACUUCCAGGCCUGUGUCCGGAUUAGUUCAGAGACAGAGGCAUACUUUACAGCUGUGGAGAGGAUGCUGCAGUACAUGAGGAUGUGUGUCUCUGAAGCUGCUUUACACAUAGAAGGCACGAACUGUCCCUACGGGUGGCUGCAGCAUGGGGAAAUCACAUUCCAGGAUUAUCAGAUGAAAUACAGAGACAACACGCCUAUUGUCCUCUACGGCCUCAACCUGACGAUUCGUGGCCAGGAAGUGGUGGGCAUUGUGGGAAGGACAGGCUCUGGGAAGUCCUCCCUGGGAGUGGCUCUCUUCCGUCUGGUGGAACCAGCCGUGGGCCGCAUCCUCAUCGACGGCGUGGACAUCUGCAGCCUCGGCCUGGAGCACCUGCGGUCCAAGUUCUCGGUUAUCCCUCAAGAUCCUGUCCUGCCGUCAGGGACCAUCAGGUUCAACCUGGACCCCUUUGACCACUGCACAGAUGAGCAGAUCUGGGAUGCCUUGGAGAGGACGUUUCGUACCCAUCACAUCAUCCUUAUUGAUGAGGCCACGGCCUCCAUUGACGUGGAGACGGACACCCUGACCCAGCGCACAAUCUGUGAAGGCAUCCGGGGCUGCACAGCGCUGAUUAUCGCACACCGCGUCACCACCAUCCUCAACUGUGACCGCAUCCUGGUCAUGAGCAACGGGAAGGUGGUGGAGUUUGACAGGCCUGAGGUCCUGCAGAAGAAGCCCGGGUCCAUGUUCGCAGCCCUGCUGGCGACAGCCAGUUCUUCGCUGAGCUCAGGAGAAGGGAGACCGCGGUGA